AUGCCCGGAUGCCUUGAUAUUGAUCGUCACCUCGGCCAAGGCACGGACGGACCCAAGGGAACCAAGGCCGUUUCGUGGCCUACAGACAACAAGCGCAUGCAUGAAAACGAUGGGUCUCUGCAAAAGCAACAUAACAACAAAAAAAGGAACAGCCAAGCAGACAAUGCAUCAGGGGAUACCGUAGCCAAUACCAAGUACGCCGCAGUGGGGCGACUGGACGUCCGCGCCGCAGGGUGCAUGCAGAAGAUGGAAGCGGAGAGAAACCCAGAGGCGCCACAAGCGAGGACACGAGCAAAAGCUGAAGACGACAAAGAUAAAGGCGACCAACGUGACAGCGUAGAGGUCAAGUGA